CGCCUGCGGCUGCUGCGGUGGCGACCUGGGCCGUUGGGGAGGGGCCAGUGGGGGAGGGAGACGGCGCAGUGACAGGGCCGCCGAGGGUGCUGCCGAGACGACGAUGGCGGAGGGGCCGGAGGAAGCCCGCGGUCCCCCUCCCGGGCAGGAUGACGGCGGAGGGGACCACGAGCCCGUUCCUUCCCUAAGAGGCCUUCCUGCCGCCGCCGCCCCGCGGCCCCCGGACGGGCCGCAGGCCGAACCUCAGGCUCCGGGCCGGCCCCCAGCCCCGGGUCUGGCGCCCGCCGAGGCCGCCGCCGGGGAGUCGGAGCCGCCGCGCGAGCCCGAGAAUCGCGGGGAGGCGGCCUCCGGCUCCGGCGCGGGGCUGCAGGCGCCGGCCGACUGUGAGGCGCCGGAGGCCGCGGCGCCGCGGGAGAAGUCGGCGCGGCUGAGCGCCCGCGAGUACUCGCGGCAGGUGCACGAGUGGCUGUGGCAGUCCUACUGCGGCUACCUCACCUGGCACAGCGGCCUGGCCGCCUUCCCCGCCUACUGCAGCCCCCAGCCGCCCGCGCCCAGCUACCUCCCGGGCGCCGCCGCCGCCGCUCCCCCGGCCGCCGUGCCGCCGCCCCUCCAGCUGGGCUAUUACAACCCCUUCUACUUCCUGAGCGCCGCGGCGGCCGGGUCCCAGCCGGCGGCGGCGGCGGCCGGCCUCACCGCCUCGGCUCCGGUCGCCGGCCCGGCAGCCCGCGCCCCUCACGUGCAGCCGCAGGUCCGGGCCGCCCCAGCGACGAGGGUAGGAUCCGCCGCCGCUUCGCGAGCCCCGAGCGAGACCGGGCGGCAGGCAGGUAGAGAGUAUGUUAUUCCAUCCUUGGCCCACAGAUUCAUGGCGGAGAUGGUGGAUUUCUUUAUUCUCUUCUUCAUAAAAGCGACCAUUGUCUUAAGCAUUAUGCACCUCAGUGGAAUAAAGGAUAUCUCUAAGUUUGCUAUGCAUUAUAUAAUAGAAGAAAUAGAUGAAGACACAUCAAUGGAAGACUUGCAGAAAAUGAUGGUUGUGGCACUUAUAUACAGAUUAUUAGUUUGUUUCUAUGAGAUAAUUUGCAUUUGGGGAGCAGGUGGAGCUACCCCAGGGAAGUUCCUGCUAGGGCUUCGAGUUGUGACAUGUGAUACAUCAGUGCUCAUUGCACCAAGUCGGGUUUUAGUGAUUCCUUCCUCAAAUGUUAGCAUUACAACGUCCACUAUACGAGCUUUGAUCAAGAAUUUUUCUAUUGCUUCUUUUUUCCCUGCUUUCAUCACACUGCUGUUUUUUCAGCAUAAUCGAACAGCCUAUGACAUUGUAGCAGGAACCAUUGUAGUAAAAAGAAAUGGGGUCAGAUGAUGCCCCCCAAAAGCCCUGAAUUCCAUACUCUGGAAUAAUGACGACUAAAUUCUGUAUCAAGGCCAUCAGUAUCCCUGGGUUACAUUAAUUGAUGAUUUAGAAAUUAAAGCAGUCGCUCCAGUGUGAUGCAGGUGACUAUGCUGGAAGUAUUGAUUUUACUUGAAUGCCAAAGAACUUUUCCAGAAGAAAAACAUGUUAAGUUCAAGUGUUACAACUUUUAGAUCGAACAGAAGGCAAGUGGUGUCAUAAUCAAUGGACAGUAUAUACUUAAGAUUUAAGCUAUUAGAAUUUGCUGAAAGCAUUUUCAGCUUUGAAAUCUCCAAAUGAAACUUAAAAAGUUUAUUUUGGUUUAUCCCAAAAUGAUGGAAAAUGUCCAGCUGUGUUUUGUAAACACAUUCAUCUUUUAGUUGACACUUCUUGAAGUUUCUGUCUUUGCUUUUUGUGGGGAGGGAGUGGGACACAAUUUAAUAAUUCACGUAGCUCCCACCCCAGAGGUGGUGCUUUAGCUGUGAGAAGAUGGGGGAAGUGAGGCCGGCCUGGCAGUUCUCUGACCUGGAAUUUUAAAAUCUGUACUGCAGUUUACUGCAGGAAUGAUGUAACUUUACAACUAUUCUUAAUGCCUAAACAUGUAUUUGGGGGCAAGUUUUGCAUGAUGAUGAAAAAGUAUUAAGUCAUAUUGCUAUCUUAUUGAUUUUUUUUUUUUUUUUUUAAAGAAGAAGGUAAGUUAGUGAUUGCUUUUAAUGGGGUUGGGGCGGGGCGGGGGGAGUUUUCACUGUAAAUUGAAAUUGAAAUUCAUGUGCAAGUGUUUUCAGUGCCCUAAAUCAAAUAUAAAUAUGUGAGGGAAAAUUAGUCCUAUCAAACUGUUGCAUAUUUACUGUAAAACAAUAUUCCUAGUAUGUGUACAGCAUGAAGAAAGUAUUAGUGCUUUUCAGUGUUCUGAAUAUAACUUCUGUUUAUAUACAGGAUAUUCACAUACUAGUUUCCUUUUAUUAUAUUAUUCCAUAACUUUUGAAACAUCAAGGAGUUAAAUCUUAGCAUUUCACGAUUAAAUACUAGUAGCCUGUGAAAUACUUAAGAAUUUUCCCAUUGGGGACUGUUCUCUAUAAUAAGGAAGAAUAGCAUUUCCAGACAUUAUUCUGAGUUCUUUGGUUCUGUGGGCUAACAGCUCAUUUGGGGCCUCCCAGGGACGAUGUUUUGAGGGAAAUGUUAAGGUAACACUUUGUGUAUUGCCAUUUUAAUUUAUUCUUCUAUUGCAGAGUUGUAGAGUUUUAAGUGUGUGUGCGUGCUUUUGUUAGAUGGCCCAGUUAGCUGUGCUGAGAAAUAUCUGAACUAAAAGUUUUAUUUCUUAGGCAUUUUCUGCAUCUCUAGUAUUUUCCCCAAAAAACACUAAACUAUAUUGAACAGUUCAUAACUAGGGUGCUUACAGGAUCAAUCUAGGCUUUAUUUUGGUUUUAACAGCAAAUAAUUUGCUAUUACUAUAUCAAUUUUUAAAGUGGGUUUUUUUGACACUUAAAACGUGAAUAUUUUCAAUUUGUUUACAGAAACCUUAACAGUGUCCUUAAUACUUUUAAAUUGUAAAAUGUCAUAAACCGUGUUAUUCAAAAUAAUUUUAUAUUAAAUCACAGAAAGCCUGUUAGUUAAAUGUGUCAAAAUACUAAACAGAUCAUUCACUUGUUUCUGGGAAGAUAAAGUGUUAUGGCCCUUCACAGUAAAAACAAACCAAAACCACCCACUAACUUUUUCAAGUAGAAAUUAGGAAAUGUUACAUAAACUUACCAGUUAGUAGUGUAUAAUUAGCAUCGGUAUAUAUACAUGCCCCUUUUGCCCCUGAGUAAUUGGAGUUGAAAUGCACCCUUCUGACAUGUAGCUCUGGAAUACAUCUUUAAUGUAUAAUUUUCUCUCAGAUAAUUGGAUCCUUCACCACCUAGGCUAUUUUUAUACAGUAAAACAAAAGGAAAUAUGUAGUCCAGUCUAAUUUGUUUUGUGCUUUAAUAUCUACCUAGGUGCAUUUCUCAGGAUUCAAGUUACACUAUGUAGCCAUAUCAAAGUAUUACCACUUUGUCUGACUUUACAACAAAACCCAAGUCUGUUUCUGUUUAUGAACUCAGCAUGUAGGGAGAUUUUUUGAUUCCCAAGUUGGAGGGAGCAGAAAUGACAGAAGGGGGAGCCACAUUUUUUUCUCUUGGGGGGAGGGCCUCCCUAUUUUCAGUCUAGUUUAUUAUAUAUUUUGUUUAUAGAAAUGCUGACUUUUCUGUGUCAAGAUAGAAUUCUCAUACUGAAGCGCUACAGCCUAAAAAGGCAAAAAGAAAGCUGUCUUCAUAGUAUUAAUAGUAUUCAUCACUUUUACAAGAUAAUAAGGGAACAAAAAUUAGGAGUCAUGCUGAGAAUACUUUUUCAGUGAACAUACCGUAUAUAAAACCACACAACAGGCAGUUAAUUUAGGCAUCUAGAAAUUCUACCCAUUACUAAAGCAGCCUGAGUGGCUAGUACACCUUGAGAAAAGUCUGACCCGCUAAGUGCAUGCUGGGCUGAGGUAGGUGAGUGUGAGCAGUGACAAGCAAGCUGUGCUUUUAAAUAAUCUGUGACUGGAGAGAAAGCCAACACUUUUGUGAUACUCAUGUGGCACUGAUUCAGAAGUUACUUCUACCUAAAUAUUCACCUAGUUUCUCCUAAAUAUUUAGGAUUGAAAAAAAUGCAUAUUUGAGGGCUUUGUCUAAAUUUAUGAGUCUUUAGUGUUUGUUUCAAAUGACAGUAAAAAUUGUAUUUACUUGAAAAGAAGGAUUUUUUUUCCUCCUUAAGUGACUUGUUUGGGUGUUUCACUUAGGCAUAACUAUUUCCAGCAAAAGGCAGACAGGAGUUGACAGUUAAACUACUUGGGAAUAAAGUGCUUUUUGAUGGAGAUGUGGGUAUUAAGUAUUUUCAUUCUACACCUAUCUCUAUGAAAACAGGCUGUUGUUCCUUUUAAAGAAUAUUCCUAACAUCUGGCAAGUAUUUCAAUUACUUGCCAUUUCCCACCCCCAAACCAAAGGCCAAAAUCUUUGUAAUAUGUGCUUGCCUGGGUAAAGUUCCUCAUUUCAAGCUGUGUGCAUAUUUCCUUGCAAUUCAUUAUAGUAUGGGCUUGACCCACAAACAGUAUCUGAUGGCCUACCUAUAAAUAAAAAUUCAACAUUCUAUUUUUAAUAAUUUGUAUGCCACCAAUUUGUAUUGUGUCAAUAAAUACCUGGUCACUA